AUGGUUACCCACAUAAUUUCAAUGAAACACAAAUUAAGAAAACAUUCAAUCGAUAUUUUAAACAAAAAGAAUGGAGGGACCUACAUCGGGAAAACAACUCGACACACUGAACGACGUUAUCUAGAACAUGGAAAAGGCUCAUCAACAAAAACUAAACAUACUGAUCCAUCACAAAAAACAACUGAUUCUCAACGAAGUUUACGACGCUCAAAACGAAAACGAAAACCCACUAGUCGUUAUAGUUCAUCAAUUGACAAUCUUCAAGAAGAACACAAAGCUAAAGAAGGAAAACCUAAGAUUAUCAAAUCUGCUCGUCUAAAACAUGUAAAAGAAUAUCAACAUCAUAUUAAUUGGAACAACACUAAGAUAUUAGAUAAAGACUCGAAAUCAUAUCGAUUAUUAAUACAUGAAUCUCUAGCCAUCAAACGAUUUCAACCACAACUAAAUUUUACAGUUAAUGAUGCCCCCACCCUCAAUCCCUAA